GUUAGCAGGAUGAAUUCAGAAAGAGAUUCUGAAACUACCUUUGAUGAAGACUCUCAGCCCAAUGAUGAAGAGGUUCCAUAUAGUGAUGAUGAGACUGAAGAUGACUUGGAUAUUCAACCUGAGAUUGAGCCAGAGCAAAACCGUAUUAACAGAGAGGUGGAAGUAACUCGAGAUACCCUUCGAAAAGAUUGCAGUUGGCAAGUUAAAGCAAAUGACAAAGCUUUCUAUGAGCAACCCCAAUUUAAGAAAACCACAUUCCUUUGUAUUCAGAAAAGUAAAUAUGCGGGCAAUGCAAUCAAAACCUACAAGUAUAAUCCACUUACCUUUUUGCCAUUGAAUUUGUUUGAACAGUUUAAAAGAAUCGCCAAUUUCUAUUUCCUUGUUCUACUUAUUUUACAGACAAUUCCUCAGAUAACAACGCUGUCUUGGUAUACUACGAUGUUUCCUUUACUCCUGGUCUUGGGUAUCACUGCAAUUAAAGAUCUAGUGGAUGAUAUUGCACGCCAUCGGAUGGACAAUGAAAUUAACAAUCGAACAUGUGAUGUGAUCGGGGGCAAGAGGUUUCAGAACACAAAAUGGAAAGACAUUGUAGUUGGUGAUGUUAUCCGUUUGAGGAAAAAUGCAUUUGUUCCUGCUGAUAUUUUAUUGUUGUCCAGUUCAGAGCCCAAUAGCCUUUGUUACGUAGAAACAGCUGAAUUAGACGGUGAAACCAACUUAAAGUUCAAAAUGUCACUGGAGAUAACAGACAGAUGCCUUCAAGAAGAAAGUGCGCUUGCAGCAUUUGAUGGUUUGAUAGAGUGUGAAGAGCCUAACAAUCGUCUAGAUAAAUUUACAGGCACCUUGAUAUGGAAAGGAAAAAGUUAUGCUUUGGAUGCUGAUAACAUUUUGUUACGUGGCUGUAAAAUCCGAAACACGGAUGUGUGUCAUGGACUUGUCAUAUUUGCAGGGGCAGACACAAAAAUAAUGAAGAACAGUGGGAAAACGUGGUUUAAAAGGACUAAAAUCGACUAUCUAAUGAAUUAUGUGGUGUACACGAUUUUCGUAUUACUCAUCUUGGUAUCCGCCGGUCUGGCUAUUGGACACACUUACUGGGAACAACAGAUUGGCAAUUCUUCUUGGUAUCUCUAUGACGGUGAAGAUACAUCCCCUCCAUACCGUGGUUUCCUUAACUUUUGGGGCUAUAUCAUUGUGCUUAACACCAUGGUUCCCAUAUCCCUCUAUGUGAGUGUUGAAGUGAUCCGUCUGGGCCAAAGUUACUUUAUCAACUGGGACUUGCAGAUGUAUUAUCCAGAGAAGGAUACAGCUGCGAAAGCCAGAACUACCACUUUGAAUGAACAGCUGGGACAGAUCCACUACAUCUUCUCAGACAAGACAGGCACACUGACACAGAAUAUCAUGACCUUCAAAAAAUGUAGCAUAAAUGGACAAACUUAUGGAGACUGUAGGGAUAAAACAGGCCAAGAGCAUAAUCAUCCAGAGCAAGUUGAUUUCAGCUGGAAUACGCAUGCAGAUGGGAAACUCAAUUUUUACGAUCACUCCCUGAUUGAAAAAAUUAAAUCUGGGAAGGAAACUGAAAUUCAGCAAUUCUUCCUCCUUCUAGCAAUUUGUCACACAGUGAUGGUGGAUGCUAGUGAUGGUGCGCUCAACUACCAUGCUGCUUCUCCAGAUGAAGGGGCAUUGGUAACUGCUGCCAGAAACCUCGGUUAUGCCUUCCUUUCACGGACGCAAAAUACUAUUACUAUAAGUGAAAUGGGAACUGUAAGAACAUACGAGGUGCUUGCCAUUUUGGACUUCAACAGUGACAGAAAAAGGAUGUCUGUUAUCACAAGAGACCCCAAUGGGGCCAUCAAACUUUAUUGCAAAGGAGCUGAUACAGUGAUUUUUGAACGGCUGCAGCCAAGAAAUCCUAUAAAACAGCGUACCGAAGAUUCACUGGAUGCCUUUGCAAAUGAAACCCUUAGAACUCUGUGCCUUUGCUACAAGGACAUUAGCAAUGACAAAUAUGAAGCAUGGAAUAAAAAGUUCAUGGCAGCUAGCGUGGCCAUAAGAAACCGCGACGAAGCUCUAGACAAAGUGUAUGAAGAAAUCGAGCAAAAUUUAAUUCUUUUAGGUGCCACAGCAAUAGAAGACAAGUUACAAGACGGGGUGCCAGAAACCAUCUCCAAAUUGGCAAAAGCAGAUAUUAAGAUCUGGGUUUUGACAGGUGACAAAAAAGAAACUGCUGAAAAUAUUGGUUUUUCCUGUGAACUUUUAACAGAUGAAACUACUAUCUGCUAUGGAGAAGAUAUCAGUGCCCUUUUGCAAACAAGGUUGGAGAACCAGAGGAACAGAAGUGGGGCAAAUGCGAAUAAAUCCAGUACCACCAAUGAACCCUUUUUUCAGCAGGGUGGAAACCAUGCAUUAAUUAUCACUGGAUCAUGGCUGAAUGAAAUUCUCUUGGAGAAGAAAAAGAAGAAAAAGAACCUCCUGAAACUUAAAUUUCCCAAAACAGUGGAAGAGAAACAAAAGCAUAUGGAGAGCAAGCGAAGAGCAGACUUGAACAAGGAGCAGCAGCAACGAAACUUUGUUGAUUUAGCUUGCGAAUGCAGUGCAGUGAUUUGCUGCCGAGUAACCCCCAAACAGAAAGCCAUGGUGGUUGAUCUGGUAAAGAGAUACAAGAAAGCCAUAACCUUGGCUAUUGGAGAUGGUGCUAAUGAUGUGAAUAUGAUUAAAACUGCACAUAUUGGCGUUGGGAUAAGUGGACAAGAAGGGAUGCAAGCCGUCAUGUCCAGUGACUACUCUUUUGGCCAGUUCAGAUAUCUCCAAAGGCUGUUGCUAGUUCAUGGUCGAUGGUCUUACAUUAGAAUGUGCAAGUUCCUUCGGUAUUUCUUCUACAAAAACUUUGCUUUUACUUUAGUCCAUUUUUGGUACUCCUUCUUCAAUGGCUAUUCUGCUCAGACAGCUUACGAGGACUGGUUUAUCACGCUGUACAAUGUAUUAUAUUCCAGCCUCCCAGUUCUUCUUGUUGGAUUACUUGACCAGGAUGUGAGUGAUAAACUGAGCAUGAAGUUUCCUGCCUUGUACAUCUCGGGACAAAAAGACUUGCUUUUUAACUACAAGAAGUUCUUCUUAAGUCUGCUGCAUGGUAUUAUAACAUCCCUGAUUAUUUUCUUCAUACCGUAUGGUGCUUACCUACAAACCAUGGGGCAAGACGGAGAAGCUCCUUCGGAUUACCAGUCAUUUGCAGUCACUGCCUCGUCUUCUCUCAUAAUUGCAGUUAAUUUUCAGAUUGGAAUGGAUACAUCUUACUGGACAUUUGUUAAUGCCUUCUCAAUAUUUGGGAGUAUUGCACUUUACUUUGGCAUUAUGUUUGACCUGCACAGCGCUGGGAUCCAUGUUCUUUUUCCUCUUAUAUUUCAGUUCACAGGUACUGCUUCAAAUGCCCUCCGACAGCCAUAUAUCUGGUUGACGAUAAUUCUGUCUGUUGCCCUUUGUUUGCUACCUGUUGUUGCCCUUCGAUUCUUGAUGAUGACUAUCUGGCCUACAAAAAGUGAAAAGAUUCAGAAGAACCGCAAGAAGUACAAGGCUGAGGAGGAGAAGUGGAAGCGAAGACCGAGCGUCUUCCGUCGUGGGGUAACUGGCCGUCGUUCUGCGUACGCCUUCUCCCAUCAGCGAGGCUAUGCCGACCUAAUCGCUUCUGGGCGGAUCCUGCAUAGAAGGCGGGCAUCCCUAACUGCAGUUCUGGGCAACAAGUUGGCAGGAGUCAGGCAAGCUGAAGAAACCAGUUGAUGACGUCCCGUAUCCCACAGAAAGUGGAGGGAGGCUAGCACAAAAAGUUUAUUUUUUUAUGAAGGACGGCAGAUUCUUUUUUUUUUUAAGCAUGUGCAAGAUUAUGAAGAGAGUCUAUUUUCCCCCCCCACGGAGUUACUUUGUUUGGGACUAUAAUUGGAUGGACCCGAUUGCGGAGUAUUUUUAAUUCUUCAUCCUUGCAUAAACAUUGCUUCCACUUGAAACUGAAGGAUAUCGUUAUUCCUUGGACCUAAAGCCUAACGAUUUUAAGGGUUUUUUAAAUGGUACUUAGUUGUUUUUUUUUUAAAAAACCCAAUUCUGACAGAGGUUUUGUGCCUCAGCACCAAAGAUGAACCACUAAGCAGCAACAUUAUCUGAGUGCCAUUUCAUUCCAUUAAUUUAUUCCGCUGUAAUGGCCAUUCUUCUUCUUCUUCAGCAACCUAAGAAUUUUUUUCCAACUAGCUGUGCAUUUUUACGUUGCAAGCAUUUAGAGCAUAAUGCACUAUGCAGCAAAGGUUGUGCCAGUCCAUCGGGGCUGCAUGCUUUUAAUAACAUUCAGACAUUUGGGCAGAGAAAGCUCAAAGAGUUCUGGUUCUUAAUCAGAUAUGCUUUCUCCAGAACUUCCUGCCAAGGAGACAAUGGCUUCUUAUAUAUAUUCAGUUUGGGCAUUUUGGGGAACUCCCCUCUCCAAAUAUGUAGCAGCUCUGUAGCAGCAAGAGUUAAUGUGCCUUUCUGGCAGUGUAUUUUAUACCCAGUCUUCUCACCUUUACUAUAAAUCUUACUGUGUGAUUUGUAUCUGUUUGAGAAAUAAGAAAGAUUCAAUCAGUGAAGACCUUCCUCUUAGAUGUGUUGGUUGGUUUCAUACUUGAUCUGUUCUUUAUCAAAGCCAUCUAGCAGUUAAACAGUAUGGGGUGAUUCUUAUAUAGCACUGUCUUUUAUAUUGGAAUUAUUUCUGUGGUAGGAACCAUGUCUGGGCACCAUCAUGCUUGAAGAUGACAUUGUUAUUUUCACCACGUUUAUGUGGCAAAAUAGAUGUGUGAAGAUUUACCAUACUUCGAAAACUGCUCCCGUGUUAUACACGUAAUGAAAUCUAUGAAAGGGCAAACAUCUUGUCUGCGGGAGUGGGGAGAAUGGUUUGAAGCACUGCCUGGAUCAAGGGAAUAAUUCACGUUUAUGAUGAAUCUAUUGCAUGGUUUUUAAUAGUAAAAGUAAGUAUGGUGUUCUUUUUAAAACUGUAUUCAUCUACACAUUUCAUUGUGUUGGGACUUAAAAAUGGUUUACAUUUCAAAACUCUCAGCAUGCACCAAUUGAUCCAGUUCAAUAUUCACAACUGUUCCUCACGUUUGGGUAGGUGGGUGAAUUGAGCUCAUCUGCUAGGAACGUGUCUUGAUACAUUCCUUCAUUAUUACUACUGAAUGUGGAAGUUUACAGCUUUUCGGUAAAUGACAGCAGAUUGUAUUUUGAUUCAAAGAUUGAUUUCUCUAUUCAGAGAUUAGAACCUCUUCAGAGGAAGAGGUUAGCCUUAUGUUUUAGACUUCUAAUCUAAGUGCAAUAUUUGCAUCUUUAGUACACUGAUUGUACACUUGUAUCUCAAUUAUAAAGUGUAAAUAUUUUAUUUCUUAAAAGAUUUACUUUUAAUGUUUUUAUCUGGUAUGAAAAAAAAAAGUAUUUUAAUUGCUCUGAAUGUUUUUAUUAAAGUGUCCUUGGUAUUGUAA